GCCAGAGCUCCUCCCCCCCGGCUGAGUGUGGAAAAGCCCUGCGUUAGCGACAGUGGCGGUUGCCUCUCUGCCGUCGGUACCAGCGCAGGCACCGGGCUUUUCCCACGCAGUGUACGAUAUCUCCUAAUUAAUAUUCCGACGUGUAUAAACGGAGUGUAAAGCGUUUUGCAGGACUUGGUGCAUGAUGACAACGCUCGCGCAGACCAAGGAGACGUUCCGCCUGGCUGAGGCGGUGUGCUUUGAUGUGGACAGCACUGUGAUCCGGGAGGAAGGCAUCGAUGAGCUCGCCAAGUUCUGCGGGGUUGGAGAUGCUGUCACUGAAAUGACUCGCAAGGCCAUGGGAGGAUCAGUAACAUUCAAAACAGCUCUGACAGAGCGCCUAUCUAUUAUCAAGUGUUCACGGGAGCAAGUUAACAAACUGAUAACGGACCACCCUCCUCAGCUGACUCCAGGUAUUAAGGAACUCGUGGAGAGACUACAUCAGCGCAGUGUGAAGGUCUUCCUCAUUUCUGGAGGGUUUCGCUGCAUUGUGGAGCAUGUAGCCACUCAGCUUGGCAUUCCUCUUGACCAUGUCUAUGCCAACCGCUUGAAAUUUUACUUCAAUGGAGAGUAUGCAGGGUUUGAUGAGACUCAGCCCACAGCAGAAUCGGGAGGCAAAGGCAAAGUGAUAAGUCUGCUAAAGGAGAAGUAUGGUUUCAAAAAAAUAGUUAUGAUUGGAGAUGGUGCCACUGACCUAGAAGCUUGCCCUCCUGCUAGUGCCUUCAUUGGAUUCGGUGGCAACGUGGUGCGGCAGCAAGUAAAAGAGAAGUCUUCUUGGUACGUGACAAGUUUCGGAGAGCUGCUAAAAGAGCUUGAGAAGAUUUAGUGUUUUUGCGUACUAUAGUCUCACCAUUACCUGCUUUGUGUGCCUUUGUGCUGACUUUACAAAUUGCACAGUUUUACUUACUUGCACAGACUUCUAAUUGUAAUAUUUGGAUUUUAACAUUCCAUCCUAUGAAGCUUUUUAAUACACUACAGUGUUUACAUGGUGUAGCAGGCAUGUGUUAAAAUGCUAAUCUAGUGAAAAACUGAUCAAAGCUGUGAUGUAGUUUUAAUUUCUUAUAGCAUUUUUAUGAUGGUGAUGCUUUAGUAGAUCUUAAAAUUAUUGUAACGUAUUUUUUUACAAUAAUAUAUGCAAUAUGUGUAUCUCUAAAGGAGACUUUUUCAUUUUGGUACUUACCAUAGAGAUAUUAAAAUAUAUUCUAAGGUACA